AUGUUUUUCACCAGAGCCCUAAGAUCUUCCGCUACCAUUGCUAUCAACCACGCUGCCCAAACCUCCGCUAAGACUGCCGCAAAGUCUGGCAGACACAUCGGUGAGGCAUGGGCUGUCACUGAAGCUAAGAGAUUAGUGCCAACCCUAGGUCUAUACGCUACCUUCAUUGCUACCGUCUUGGGAUGGCCAUUACUAUACAGAAAGGUCGACUUGGGUAUCGGCAUUAACGGUCUAGAAGCCCCAAAGCACUAA